ACCAUGUCGAGCCUCAGGCUUCCUUUGAUAAACACGUUCUCGGACCGGUGGCUCCCGCCCUGUAAUGAUAACCAAGCCAUCCUUCACACAUCACACCGGGCCCUUGAAAGUUGAAACUGUCGCCCACUAAACGUCGUUGAUAUGGCCCUCUCAGCGAAUAAACAGCGCAUGGCUCGUGGUGAGCUGUACACAGCAUUUACUCCUGAACUUAUUGCAGAACGGGCGCGUUGCAAAAAUGCAUGUGCACGCUAUACAAAUGCUGGAGAAGUUCCCCGCCGAAAAUUGACUGAGUUGUUCAGGGAGUGAGUCUAUCGCCUACCACCUCGUGCGGGACUAUUUUUGCUGAUGCUUCCAACAGCAUCAUUCAAGACAAUACACCACUGCCUCCUCAGGCAUCAACAGCUGAGGAAGACGACGC